AGAAAAAAAGUCAAACCAUUUUGGGAAGGAAUUACGAAUGAGAUUCAGGUUAUGAAAGAGGAACCUAGGACUGACAAAAUAUAUCAAAGAAUUCUCGAAAUAGUUGAUAAGUAUAAUUAUAGUAACGAGUAUUCUAUUGAAAGUUAUGCAAAUGUUGAAGGCAUAAAUACAAAUGUUAGAAACGCAUUAAAUAAUAUAAAAAACUUAAAGGAUUGUGAAAUGAACGAAACGGCCAAAUGCAUUUGUGAAACUAUAUAUUAUAUGGAUUUAAAAAAAGAUGAUCCUCUCUUAUCCGGGAUAAUUGACCUUCGCUCUAUCCCGGUACAGUUGAAAUCUCACCUUAUUGAAAGAAAAUUAUGGGAUAGCGUAAACAAAGAAAUAUAUCUUGAGGAGGUUCCUGAAGAUUAUACUAAUUAUAUACGGUGUAUUGUGACAAACGAUGAUGAUCGAAUAUCAGAUAAAUUUUAUGAUCCAAUCUUUAAGGAAGAAUUAAAAAUGUAUCGUGCUAUACGAGCACUGUUAUAUAGCUUUUCGUCCUACCGAUUUAGAAGGUCACAGGUUAUAUGUAAUGAUGAUAUUAUCUUGGAGAGUACAUGGAACCAUCAGAUUAUUAAUCCAAUUAUUGAAUUUUUGCUUAAUGAUAUUGAAAGAUUAACCUACCAAUGGGAUAAUGGAGUAAUAUUGUCUACCGUACAUGAAAGAGGUCUACAAAAAAAAGGCGAUUUCUAUAGUUAUUUCCCCAGUCACCAAAUUAUUGAUAACAAAAGAAGUGUAGAAAAUGUUAUUUUACCAAUCGAAGCGGGACCAAACUUAUUGUGUGAAACGCAAAACUUAUUUAAAGUAUUAUAUAAUUUUCAGCAGAGAUUAAAAGAGAUGGUCACACUUUUGGACAAAAUGGAUAAAACUGCACAAUAUGAUGGACCCAAAACUCCUAAUUCUAACUUCAAAGUUCACAUAG